AAGUCCCUCCAAUCAGAGGCUUGGUGCAGCAAGUUUGAAUUUUGUGGAGGCUCGGGUUGUGAGGAUUUCUGCUUCGGAGUUGGCGGUGGUCGUCCAGAUCGAGUGUUCCCUACUUUUUGUUUGUUUGAGGUUUCACGCUAGAAGGUGCCUCAGGAUGUCUUCACAUUUUGCCAGUCGACAUAGGAAAGAUUUAAGUACUGAAAUGAUUAGAACUAAAAUUGCUCACAGAAAAUCACUGUCUCAGAAAGAAAGCAGACAUAAGGAAUAUGAACGAAAUAGACACUUUGGUUUGAAAGAUGUAAAUAUUCCAACCUUGGAAGGGAGAAUUCUUGUUGAAUUAGAUGAGACAUCUCAAGAGCUUGUUCCAGAAAAGGCCAAUGUCAAGCCAAAGUCACUGAAAACUGUUCUUGGUGAUCAACGAAAACAAAUGCUCCAAAAAUACAAAGAAGAAAAGCAACUUCAAAAAUUGAAAGAGCAGAGAGAGAAAGCUAAACGAGGAAUAUUUAAAGUGGGUCGUUAUAGACCUGAUAUGCCUUGUUUUCUUUUAUCAUACCAGAAUGCUAUGAAAGCUGAGCCAAAAAAGGCUAUUCCAUCUUCUGUACGGAUUACAAGGUCAAAGGCCAAAGACCAAAUGGAGCAGGCUAAGAUUGAUAAUGACAGUGAUGUUCAAGCAGUCCGACCUGGUCAAAGACAAACUUCCGAAAAGAAAGUGUCAGACAAAGAGAAAAAAGUUGUGCAGCCUGUAAUGCCUACGUCAUUGAGAAUGACUCGAUCAGCUACUGAAGCGGCAAAGCAGGUUCCCAGAACAGUCUCAUCUACCACAGCAAGAAAGCCAGUUGCAAGAGCUGCUAAUGAAAACAAACCAGAAAGAAAGGUGCCAAAUAAAGGAAGAACUGCCAAAAACAUAGAAACAAAACCUGACAAGGGUUUUUCUUGUAAAGUCGAUAGUGAAGAAAAUACUUUGGAUUCACAAACUAGUGCAACAAAUGGAAUGGAUCCAGAUGGAGUCUUAUCAAAAAUGGAAAACGUACCUGAGAUACAUUCUGCAAAAAUGAGAGGGAAGAAUUCCUUUGCACCUAAAGAUUUUACGUUUCAGCCACUGGAUGGUCUCAAGACCUAUCAACUAACACCUAUGACUCCCAGAAGUGCCAAUGCUUUUUUGACACCCAGUUACACCUGGACUUCUUCAGAAACAGAAGUUGAUAACUCUCAAGAAGCAACAAAAGAAAUUUGGGCGCAAAAAUGUAAAACUUACUCUACCAAGACAGUGCAGCAGGAUUCAAAUAAAUUGCAGUGUCCUUUGGGUCCUCUGACUGUUGGGCAUGAAGAACAUGUUUUUAAAAAAAAUGAAGCUACUACUAAAGAUUCAAAUGACCUUCCAAUAAAAGAAGUCUCAUCACUUGAAACAAAUGAAGGUCAAAUAUCUCAGCCCUACCAUGAUGUGCCAUAUUUCAGAAAUAUCCUCCAGUCAGAAACUGAGAAAUUAACUUCCCAUUGCCUCGAGUGGGACAGGAAACUUGACUUGGACAUUCCGGAUGAUGCUAAAGAUCUUAUUCGCACAACAGUUGGACAAACAAGACUCCUUAUGAAGGAAAGGUUCGAACAGUUUGAAGGACUAAUUAAUGAUUGUGAAUAUAAACGAGGUAUAAAGGAGACUACCUGUACAGAUCUGGAUGGAUUUUGGGAUAUGGUUAGUUUUCAGAUAGAAGAUGUAAUCCACAAAUUCAACAAUCUGACCAAACUUGAGGAAUCUGGGUGGCAAGUCAAUAAUAAUGUGAAUAAUAAUACAAACAAAAAUGUCUUUAGGAGAAAAGUUGUCUCAGGUAUAGAGAGUAAACCAAAACAGGAUGAUACUAGAAGAAUUGCAGCGAGAAAUCGCCUAGCUGCCAUUAAAAAAGCAAUGAGAGAGAGAAUUAAGCAGGAAGAACAUGCAGAGGCAGUAGCCUCUGUAAUACCAAAGGAAAUUGAUAAAAUAGUGUUUGAUGCUGGAUUUUUCAGAGUUGAAAGUCCUGUUAAAUCAUUCCCAGGACUCUCUUUCUCUUCUGAACGUCCUUCUCAAAGACUUAGAGCACCUAAGUCUGUCAGCAAAGCUGUAUCUCAGAGUAGAAAUGAGGUGGGCCUUCCACGAAAAACUGCAUCACCAGAGAAUGCCGAUUCUCAGAAUACGAAAAGUGUACAUGUGAAGAAAACUUUAUUUUUGAAUAUUCCUGAAAGCAGGAACAGCAUAGUAGAAGAUGCUCAGUGUCCUGGAUUACCAGAUUUAAUUGAAGAAAACCAUGUAAGUACAAUUCCAAUGUGGUUAGAUAGCCUAGUAUGUCAUGUGUUCAUACAUUAUAUAAAGUAAUUUCAUAAACAACCCCCAGAAUUUCCAUUGGAAAUCUAAAUCAGUCAUACAGAAUGUUGGUUCUUGUUUCAAUGACAUUUGGGUUGUUUAAAACCAUAGUGUCAUUUUUGCAUUCUUCAACUCAUAUCAGGAUGAAUAUGAAACCAGUGAACUAGAGCAGAAAUCAGUAUACUUUGGCCCCUAUUUUUACAAGUCAUAUUUUAUUGUAACAGCCACACAUUUGUUUAUGGAUUCUCUCUGGCUGUUUUUGCAGUACAGUGGUAAAGUUGAGUACUUAUGACAGAGACCCUGUGGCUCACAAACCUAUUUACUGUUUGGUCCUUUACAGAAAAUGUUCGCCAGUUUCUGAACUAGAGUAUGAUACUUGCUGAGAAACUUGACUUCAUUCAUACUAUUUCUUUAAUAUUAUCUGAACCAGUCAUUCAAGAAGCAGGACAGUAGGGUUUACAAUGUUCUUAAGCUUGUGUCUGGGACGUCAUCCUUCUGUCUUUCUUAUGCCUAAUGGCAACAAGACUUUUAAAAUUUGUUCCAAGUAAUUAAAUUGAUAAUUAAAUAUAAUGCCAUUUUUACUUCCAGGAUGUAAAUAAGACAAACUUGAAGAUGGAUUGUUUACCCGGUGAGAAAAUGAGUUUGCCUCUUCUUGCUGGUAGAGUAGCAGAUGAUAUUAAUACUAACAAAAAAGAAGGAAUUUCAGAUGUUGUGAAAGGAAUGGAAUUGAA